GAUUUUUUUUGAACGUGAAUAAAUUCAAAUUUAUCAUAUAUCUUUGUUGAUUACAAUUCAAGUACGAAUAUGAUUUUUUCAUUUCUUAGGAAUAAAACAGUUUAUAAAAAAAUUUAUUCGUAUUUGUAAUAAUAUAUUUGAUAACAUAAGAAAAGAUAAAUAUAAAAUUAUAUAUUUUUUAAAAUAUUAAAUUUGUGUUAAUAGUUUGGGUACCCGUUUUCAUCUCCAGUAACUAGCUGAGACAGAUAUUAAUUUCUAUUGUUUCUAAUAUUUAUUUUAAAAAAUGUUUCUUGACCCAUCUCCGGCUGCGGCCACCCGUUUCUAUCCCCACCUCUCAGCAACGGCAGCACGCUUCCCCACCGGCCCACCCUCACUCCCUCCCACUCCACACCGCGCCGGCACCAGACGGCAGACGCUGAGCUCCUCUGCCAAGCUCCGAACCCGAGAAAACCGCGAGAAUCCCAAGUGCCCGGCCAACAACUCCGACCUCCGUGCAGGCAAUGCCGGUCCAGGAUCCCUCCUCCUUGCCCUCCGCUGCAGGCGGCGGCGCGCGGGCCAAGCGCACGUCGUCGGCGCCGAUCCGGUCGGCUGACUACGCGCACAGCCCCACGCACCACUGCGUCGCGCUGCGGGACGCCACGGGGCUGCAGACCAUCCUCGCAGGCCUCCCGCCGCUCGCGCACCCGUCACUCGUCCUUACCGCCUCCGACGCCGCCCGGGAGGCCCGUCUCGCGCUCUCCGUCGCCGCCGCGCUCGACCGCCGCGACGUCCCGGGCGGGGACACCGCGCUGCACCUCGCGGUCCGGCUUCGGCUGCCCUCCUUGGCUUCUGCACUCGCCGCCGCGGGGGCGGACCCCACGCUGCAGAACCACGCCGGGUGGACCCCGCUCCAGGAGGCCCUCUGCCUCGGGUGCAGGGAGAUUGCAGCCUGCCUCCUCCGCGCGCACCGCCUCGCCGCCUGGGCUAAGCUCCGGCGCCGGGCGCCCGCCCUCUCCGCCGCGCUGCGUGGGGUCCAGGAUUUCUACCUCGAGGUGGACUUCCACUUCGAGAGUUCCGUCGUGCCGCUGCUCUCGCGCGCUGCGCCCUCCGACACCUACCGCAUUUGGAAGCGAGGAGCGGACCUUCGCGCGGACACCACGCUCGCCGGCUUCGAUGGCCUCCGCAUCCGCCGUGCGGACCACUCGUUCCUUUUCUUCGGCGAGGAGACAAGUGCCGGCGGCCGCCGCCUGCCUCCGGGUUCUCUGCUCGUGCUCCACCGCGGCCGGCGCGAGGUGCACGACGCUUUCGCGGCGGCCGCGGCCGCGGGCGACGAGGACGCUGCCACCUCCGACGCGGCCGCCUACCGCCCGGGGCUCAACAUCACCUCCGCGAGGCUCGUGCCGAGGACCACCUGGCUGCGGAAGGAGAAGACGGAGAACGUCGGCGAGUGGAAGGCGCGGGUGUUCGACGUCCACAACGUCGUCUUCUCCUUCCGCACCCUCAAGGCCGCGAGUGCCGGACGCAAGGAUUUCACCUUCGAGCUCGCUGGAGACGAGGACGGCGACGAAGACGACGACGAGUUCCUGCCACUGGAGAUCCGGGACGACGACGAGGACGGCGACUUCCUUGUCGCUGACAUCCCGCCGCCCCCAGCGCGGCGCAGCUGCUACGUUCCCGGCCGGCGCAGCGUGGCGGGGCCGCCGUCGCACUUGGGAACCCCGCAGAGGCGGAGGAACAGCGUGGACGUGCCCCGGCGGCUGCCGGCGUGCGCGUCGGUGGGGCGCGGCGAGGACGGCAUCUUCGCCCGGCACCCAGGUACGACGACGACGACGGGGGGAGCCAAGUGGAAGGAGGAGGAGACGAUUAAGACACUGCGGCCGUCGGUGUGGCUGACGGAGGACUUCCCCCUGAGCGUCGACGAAUUCCUGCCGCUGCUGGACAUCCUGGCCAGCCGCGUGCGCGCCGUGCGCCGGCUCCGCGAGCUGCUCACCACCAAGUUCCCACUAGGGACUUUCCCUGUAAAGGUUGCAAUCCCAGUGGUGCCGACAGUGAGGGUGGUCAUCACUUUCACCAAGUUCGUGCCCCUCACGGAGCCAGAGGAGUUCUUCACCCCGAUGUCGAGCCCCAGCCUGCUGGCGAGCCCAGGGCCAGGGAGCAUCACGGCGAAGCCCGACGCCCACAAGAGCAGCUCGUACCUGAGGUGGGGCUCGAAGAACUCGAGACCGAAGGCCGUGAACCUGUCGCAGGUCGCGGACAAUGCCGACCCCUUCACGGUGCCCAGCGACUACGCCUGGGUGAACAGCCUUGGGUCCAAGAACCACGACAAGAAGUCGGCCAAGUCCAAGAAGGGCAAGAGCAAGGAAACCUGAACAAACUCAUCCAGUCCAGCGGUGUAUUCACUCCGCGAGAACCUUGUAUGCAUGCGUAAGCCGUCAUCGGCCCAGAAACCUGUAAUUACCAAGUGCCAGCCUGGGACAUGCCUCGACGUUUAGGCCGGGCUUGCUCAGCGACGAUAAGCGUGGCGGUUUUAGCUGCCGGGGACGGAAGAGUUCAGAGAGUGUUAAACUAGGCCUCCAUUUCAACUGAUUGUUCAGCAAUGUGAUGUGUUGUAAAACUUGGCACCACCAAAAAAUGCAAUGAUUCCUCUGGUAGUUCUGGCACACACACACACACACUUCUGUUAUUUAGUUGUAUCUGUAUAUCUCCCUGGUAAGGUCUGUGGAUGAACUGGAAGAAGAGGAGCAAGGCACUGAAACAGUUCUGAAGAAA